ACGAGGUCCAGGAGUUCAUUCGUCUUGGACGAAGAGGAAGAAAAAGUUGGAGAGAAAAGAAAACAUUUUCUCGGCUGACCGGCCGCUUGCUUCGCUGCCAGACGAAGCCUUUUCCUGCCAGUCUCCCAGAGAACCUCGACCAGUGAUGAUCUGAGAAUUCCUCUCCUCUCUUCCUCAACCACACCCACCCACCCACCAACAGUCACACCAGCAUCAUCAACCCCACCACACCCUCAACCAGCCCUACCAUCUCAGCUCAGCCCGUUUGUUUUGCUUUGUCGACAAAGAAACCGUAUCUUUUAUCCAAAUGGUUCUCCUCGCUCAAGACGCAAUCUCUCAACAAUCAAAUACGAUGAGAUCUUGGACGCAAAAUCCAAACUCCACGUCUGGCCAAGGUCAAAGACCUCAACAGGGUUGCUCUAAACUCUAUGUUGGGAACCUAGCUUGUGACGUGGCUGUGGAAGAUCUCAGCGGCUUUUUCUCCGAUCAUGGAAUCCAUGGAGGGUCAAUUGUCAAAAUGACUUUGAAAAGAGGAUUUGCCUUUGUUGAGUUUGUCAAUCAGACAGCAGCCGACAUGGCGUUAGAACUUUGCAAUGGGAAACCGUUGAUGAACACGCUGGUCAGAAUGGAGCCAGCGAUUCGAAAUGAACAACUUCCAUAUCCUUACAAGGCAAAGAAACAGGUGCAACUGCUAUUUGAAAAUUGUAGCAUUGACAUGGACGUGAAUGGUCUGAAGAAUUUGGUUAUGGAGUCAAAGAUUAACAUUGCAAACGUUGAAGGAAUUCGUUCAAACAUCGCGAAUAGUACCGCAUUUGUUGUUCGAGUGUCCACAAUGAAGCAAGCUCAACAAAUCGUGGCAGAGUGGAACAACAAGAUUGUCCAGGGGUGCCGGAUGCAAAUUAAAAUCAUGGAAGAAUCGUUCACCGAUGGGGCGGGAGACACUGGGACUCAUUAUCAGCAAGAGUCUAUUCAGUACACCAAUGGUCAGUAUCUCCCACGAAAUGUCGUGUACCCCGGCGGAGCAGGAGGAAACAACAAUGAAGACCGAUAUGCUUUAGAAAAUGAAGGGGCAUUUGAUCUUCCUCUUCGAAUUUUGAUCCCCAACGAGUUCAUUGGAGCAAUAAUUGGCAGGGGAGGUUCCACGAUCAGGGCUAUUUCAAAGGGAACCGGCGCUAGAGUGGAUAUCUUUCGUCAUUCAAACCGACACUUAGAAAUGCCAGAGAAACCUAUUUCAAUUUCUGGAGCUCCCGACAAGGCAACGCAAGCCUGCAAGAAAAUCAUGGAGAUAAUGGCUCAAGAAGCGGUUCAUCAACGAGGACGUGAACAGUAUGGUGAUUUGGCGCUGAAAAUCUUUGUUCCAAACAGCGUCGUCGGAGGCAUUAUCGGGAAAGCUGGUUUGGUGAUCAAGGAAAUCAUGCAGGAAACUCAAACAAAAAUCCACAUUUCAAAUCAACCAGAUUAUCUUGAACAAAGUAUGGGGAUUAUAAGAAGUAAUAGGAUUGUUACUGUACGAGGGUCUGUCGAGGGCAUGGUCCAAGCAGAAUCAAUUAUUUCUUCGAAACUCAGAGAAGCCUACAUGGAUGGCAAAGUUCGAGACCGGGAUUUGGAAUUUGGAAACAUGUAUAAUAAUCCACAUGAAGACAUUCCUGUAAUUUAUUCUCCGUAUUUCAAUCAAACUCCCCGAAAUCCUUACCACGGACCUGCGCAAACGUCAACAAGAUACCCAAUGCCUUUGUCCCGAGAAAUAUUUCCAUUGUCAUUGAAUUCAAGCAAUGAUGGCAUUUCUCUUUCCCGACCAGAGACUGCGUACAUGUAUGUUCCAAAUGAAAGCGUCGGUGCCCUCAUCGGUCGAAAUGGAACCUCAAUCCGUGAAAUUAUUCAUUCAAGUGGAGCGUCAAUCAAAGUGAUGGAAGGAGUUGUCAUUCUUCACGAUUAUUCUUUUCGAAGGGUAGUGAUUCAUGGGGGAGUUGAUUCUCUCUUUUUGGCUGAAUACUUUAUCUACCGUCGUGUUGUUGAUGAACGAAACUUGCUUACCGGUCACAUGGAAGAUCCUCAACUAACGAUUGAAAUGACCGUUCCCAGUGACAUGGUUGGACGACUUAUUGGGAAGGGUGGUGCCAAUAUCCGGGAAAUCCAGCGACAAAACUUUUGUCACAUAAAAUUCCUCACUGAACCUGACUUGAGCAUCCCUCCCCCAGGAGAGGGUGAAACAUACGUCCGAAUCACUGGAACUGCUACAGCCUUCCUCAAUGGACAGAAAAAGAUUCGCACAUUGUUGGUGAAAGCCAUGAACCGAGCCUUCUCAGUGUCUAACAACAACGAAGGGAAUGCCAGUUAUAAUGAAUCGCCAGAAGAACAACGCCACCCAUCACCCCCACAAACAGCUCACGAGGGAGAUGAAGGUGGCGUCGAAGGUUAGAAAUGUCGUACAUGCAUACAACGAUGUCAUAUUUAUUUAAAUUCCAUCUUUAUAUCCGUCAUAUUAGAAGUGUUAUUACUAUACGCAAAUGUCUUCCUAUACUGUUUACAAUGUUUAUACUGUUUAUACGUGCAGUGUAAGUUACCUUACUUUAAUUCAGGUAUGCAAUAUUUAGCAUUAGGCUCUCAGCAACAAAAUAAUGUAAACUUUCCGUCCCUCAUAAUUAAUCAUAGUUAACUUUAACUUUCUCAGGUAAUUAGCAAAAUUGGCUUUGUAUAGUUAGUACAGUUAUGUGGCAGUAUUAUUUCUACUGAAUGCACGAAUUAAUUCAAAUUACUCCACGAAAUUGUAAAGUUAUUGUGUCGAAAUUGUGUGUAUAUGUAUGUAUAUUGCUUGAAGUCUUUAAUAUGGAGAGUCAAAUAUAAUGGGUUAUCAAAUUUUGUAAUUUUUGUUUAUUUUUUGCCACUACUUCUACAGUUCUGCAGAUAUUUAAAACAAAAUUUUUCUGUACGAUACUUUGCAGAUGGUCGCAUUAAAUAUUUUUAUACUUUUAUAUAUAUAUGUAUGGGUAUCAAAUAGAUGUUUUUUACCAGUUGAAAAGAGUAUUUAGACAAUCUCAUAAUGUAAGUGAAAAUAGUUUAUUUUUUCAUAGUUUUAUCUGUAGUUAAUCCAAGAGUUACGCUAUAUGUUUAAAACUACGUAAUAGAAUGAAUUACUUUAACAUUCCAACAUGUACUAAAAUUAAAAUUUUCAUCCAGUAAAUGCUCCAUUAAAAUUGGUUUGAUAGUACAAGUCGGAAUGAUAUGAAGGCACAAUAUGAAAUGUGCCUUUAACAUAAAAUUGCAAUAAAAACUCGCUAAGAAUAUCAUACAGUCUUUUCGCAAUAAUCUCUGAAAUAUUGUGCUCUACAAUGUUUGACGAGUUGCACAUGAAAUUAUUAUUGUUUGUUUUAUAAUAUUAAGUAUGACAAUUAGUAAGAGUACUGUGUAGACGUACAACACGAUAACCAUGGAAUGAUCAUUAGUAA